CAGACUCUGRUCAGAAGCUCUGCCUCAGUAUCUCUCCCCCCACCCCGCCACCGCCGCCGCUUCAUCUCUGAGCAGCCAUGAGGACCACAGUGGUCUCUGUUGCCAUGGUGAUGRCGUGUGUGAUGAUGGUGCACGCCAGUGUGAAACCGCAGAAGGAUUUCAACUUGCAGAAGUUUGCAGGUAAAUGGUAUCGUGUGGGCUUCGCCUACGACUCUGCAGGGUUUGUUCCCGUAAGGGACCGAGUAAAGAUCUCCAUGGGCAUCGUCACCCCUCUACCCAACGGCAACGUCAACCUGACCAUGUGGGAAGCCCUACCUGUUGGAUGUUUGACUCAAUUCUAUAAAUAUGACAAGACAAACGUUCCUGGUCAGUUCACCUACUUCAGCAUACGUCACAACAUGGUGAAGGACAUCACAGUGGUGGACACCAACUAUAAUGAAUAUGCUUUGGUUGUCAAGCACAAGGUCUUUAACAGAGAGUUCACUCAGGUGGCUCUUUAUGGUCGUUCUCAGAGACUCCGGGUUGAAGUCAUCCAGAAGUUCAAAGCUCUCGCUUUGUCCUGUGGUUUCCCCAGACAGUCUAUUCUGACUCCUCCUCCAGCAGAGAACUGUCCAUCGUCAGGAUCUGGACGUUAGGUUUUAUCCCAGAUGAACACGAAGGUGUUCAGAUUUUGACCUUCAGCACCUGAAGAACAUCAGAAAGCCAUUCUUCCAACUUCUUUUUGUAUUUGUAGCAUUUCAUUCUUAACGUUUAUGUGUUGUCUAAGAAUGAUUUUAUUUUGUUGAGGAUGUGACAGCACUAAAAACAGAAUAAAACCAUUUUGAAAAUUGAUAA